GUUCAGACCACGUUGCUCCUGACGUCUACAAAACAGGAUGAACCCACGAUCGUUGCUCAGUGCCUGGGCAGCCCUGCUGGUGGUAACCAUGCGGCACCAAGUUCACGCCAUGGCAAGUCUGUACCCAUUUUGGCCAAACGACACAAAAACGCCCAAAGUGGAUGAUGGGAGCUCUCCUGAGAUCAAGCUCUCUGUUCCGUUCAUCUUCUUUGGAGCCCCAUACAGGACAGUUUAUGUGAACAACAACGGCGUCAUCUCCUUCAACUCGUUGGUCAGCCAGUUCACACCUGAAGCUUUCCCACUGGCUGAUGGCCGGGCCUUCGUUGCGCCCUUCUGGGCCGACGUGCACAAUGGCAUCCGUGGGGAGAUCUACUACCGCGAGAGCACCGACCCCGAGCUGCUGGGCAGAGCCUCCAAGGACAUCCGCAAGUACUUCAAGGACAUGGCAUCCUUCUCUGCCACCUGGGUCUUCGUCGUCACCUGGGAGGAGGUGACGUUCUACGGGGGGAGCAGCACGACGCCGGUGAACACAUUUCAAGCUGUUCUCAUCACCGACGGGGUGUCAUCCUUUGCCAUAUUUAAUUACCAAGAGAUCAGCUGGACCACGGGGACGGCCAGCGGAGGGGACCCCCUGACUGGGCUCGGUGGGGUGAUGGCCCAGGCUGGCUUCAACGGUGGAAAUAUCAGCAACUUCUUCAGCAUCCCAGGCUCCAGAACCCCAGACAUAGUCAAUAUAGAGCAAACAACCAACGUGAACAUCCCGGGGCGCUGGGCUUUCAAAAUAGAUGGCAGAGAAAUAGAUCCAGCCAAUGGCUGCAGCCUGAGAGGACAGUUUCUCCAUCAAGGCGAGAUCUUCUGGGAGAACUCAAACUGCAGCACCAAGUGCCGCUGCCUGGAUUUCAACAAUGAGAUCUUCUGCCAGGAGAUGGCUUGCGGCCCAUUCGAAGCAUGCGAGCCGAAGAUCAAGUUCUUCCAGUGCGUGCCUGUGGAGAGCAGCACCUGCGUGGUGUUCGGAGAUCCGCACUACCACACCUUCGAUGGCUUCCUCUUUCACUUCCAGGGUUCCUGCUCCUACCUCCUCGCCAGGCAGUGCUGGCCAGGCUCCCAGCUGCCCUACUUCAACGUGGAGGCCAAGAAUGAGAACCGAGGCGGCUCCUCCGUCUCCUGGCUGAGGGACAUUUUUGUGGAGGUCUACUCGCAUAAGAUCGUCCUCCCGAAGGGCAGCUUUGGGAAAGCCAAGGUGGAUGACUUGGUGGUGUCCUUACCCAUCUCCCUGGAGUUGGGCGCAAUCAAAGUCUACCAAAGCGGCUUGUCCACAGCCCUGGAGACUGAUUUUGGCCUGCUGGUGACUUACGAUGGCCAACACUAUGCCUCCAUCUCCGUUCCUGGCACGUACAUCAAUGGCACGUGCGGUCUGUGCGGGAAUUACAACAAAGACCCCGAGGACGAUGCGCUGCGCUCGGAUGGCAGGUUGGCCUCUUCCGUGCCAGAACUGGGCGAGAGCUGGCGAGUGCCUCACCCCGAGAGGAAGUGCUCACCUGGCUGCGUGGAGAACUGCAGCGUCUGCGACGCCUCCACCGAAUCCCUCUAUUUCUCCUCUGAAUAUUGCGGCUUCCUCAACAAGAGCGGCGGGCCGCUGUGGGAGUGCGGCUCCGUCAUGGACCCCACUGCCUUCGUACACAGCUGUGUCUAUGAUCUGUGCAGCGCCCGGGAGAACGGCUCCGGGCUGUGCCAAGCCAUCCAGGCGUACGCUGCGGUGUGCCAAGGCCUGGGCAUCCCGGUGGGAGAAUGGCGUGCCCAGACGGGAUGCGAGGCAGCUGUGCAGUGCCCAGAGCACAGCCACUACUCAGUGUGUGCCAGUGGCUGCCCUGCCACCUGCUCAGACCUGACAGCCCCACUGCGCUGCACUGCACCCUGCACCGAGGGCUGUGAGUGCGACGAUGGCCAUGUGCUGAGCGCCGACCGCUGCAUCCCUGUGCAGAAGUGUGGCUGUGACGUGGAUGGACGGUACUACGCCAUCGGAGAGGUGUUCUGGGCAACAGCAAACUGCACAGCAGAGUGCCAGUGCGAGGAUGGCGGGGAGGCCAAGUGCUUCAACACCAGCUGCCCCGAAGGAGAGGUCUGCACCAUUGAGGAUGGCUACCGGGGUUGCUACCCGAAGCGGGAGGGCCUGUGUUCAGUGGGACAGAACCAGGUGCUGCGGACGUUUGACGGUGUCACCUUCCCCUACCCGCUGGAGCACUCUUACACGCUGCUCAAAACCUGCCUGGAGAAGCCUGACUUCAUCGAGGUGGACAUCAGCCAGAAGAAGCCGGGAUACGCUCCCAAUGGGCUGCGUGUCGUGCGGAUCCAGGUGGUUGGCCAGGAGGUGAAGGUCGGAGGAGCCAGCCUGUCGGAGGUCAAGGUGAAUGGCUAUGAUGUGGACCUGCCAUAUUUCCACCCUUCUGGCCACCUGGAGAUCUACCGCACUGACAACGGCACCAUGACGGAGUCAGAGGGGCUCCUGAGCAUUGGCUACUACGAUUCAGGCCUCCUGGAGAUCCACCUCUCCACCACCUACUUCAACUGCACCGGGGGUCUGUGUGGCUUCUUCAAUGGCAAUGCCAGUGACGAGUUUUGCACGCCCAAGGGCAAGUGCACGGACAACCUGGAGCUCUUCCUGGAGAGCUGGACGACGUUCGAUGAGAUCUGCAACGGGGAGUGUGGGGACCUCCUCAAGGCGUGCAACAAUGACUCAGAGCUGCUCAAGACUUACCGGAGCCGCUCCAACUGCGGCAUCAUCAAUGACCCCACCAACAGCUCCUUCCUGGAGUGCCACAGCGUGGUCAACGUCUCAGCCUACUACAGAACGUGCCUCUUCCACCUGUGCCAGAGCGGAGGCAACCAGUCGGAGCUGUGCGAUGCAGUGGCGCGCUAUGCCAGUGCCUGCAAGAACGCCGAGGUGGACGUCGGCCAAUGGAGGAGCCACAGCUUUUGCCCCCUGGCGUGCCCAGAGAACAGCCAUUUUGAGGAGUGCAUGAGCUGCGUGGAGACCUGUGAGACUCUAGCCACGGGCCCUGUCUGCAUGGACACCUGCACAGAGGGCUGCCAGUGCGACGAGGGCUUUGCCCUGCGUGGUUCCCGCUGCGUGCCCCGCGGUGAGUGUGGCUGCAACUUUGAGGGCCGCCAGCUGGCCACCAACCAGACCUUUUGGAUGGACAUCUCCUGCCACUUCCUCUGCUACUGCAAUGGCUCAGAUAACAGUGUGUACUGCGAGAACAUCUCCUGCAAGGACGAUGAGUACUGCCUAGAAGAGAACGGCCUCUACUACUGCCACGUCCGCACUGAUGCCUCUUGCAUCGUCUCUGGCUAUGGGCACUACCUGACGUUUGAUGGCUUCUCGUUCGACUUCCAGAGCAGCUGUGCCUUGGUGCUGUGCACCACCAUCUCACGGCCGCGUGCAGAGCGGUCAGACACCUUCCCCACGUUCACUGUCACUGCCAAGAACGAGGAUCGUGACACCUCCCUGGCCCUGUGGGUGAAGCAAGUGGAGGUGGAGGUCUUCAACUACAACAUUGUCAUUCACCGUGCCUACAAGUACACAGUGAUGAUCAACAACGAAAGGCUCUACCUACCGCUGAAGCUGGGCCAGGGCAAAGUGAACAUCUUCGCCUUUGGUUUCCACAUUGUGGUGGAGACCGACUUUGGGCUGAAGGUGGUGUACGACUGGAAGACCUUCCUCUCCGUCACCAUCCCGCGCAGCUUCCAGAACCUGACCUACGGCCUCUGCGGCCGCUACAACGGCAACCCUGACGAUGACCUGGUGGCUGCGGGUGGCAUGCCUGCCUUUGGCAUCACUGACUUCGUGCAGAGCUGGGCCAAGCGGGACACCUUCUGUCGGGUGGGCUGUGGCGACCGCUGCCCAGCCUGUGGCAAAGUAGAAGGCUUCUGGAAACCCCAGCAGCUCUGCAGCCUCAUUCCCAGCCAAAGCGGUGUCUUCGCCAAGUGCCACAGCAAAAUCAACCCCAGCUAUUUUUACAAGAACUGCCUCUUUGACACGUGCGUUGACGGGGGAGCCAUGCAGACAGCCUGCGGCUGGCUGCAAAACUAUGCCAGCACGUGCCAGACGCAGGGCAUCGCCGUCAUCGGCUGGAGGAACUUCACCUCGUGCUCUGUCAGCUGUCCCCCCAACAGCCACUAUGAGAGCUGUGUGUCCCUGUGCCAGCCCCGCUGUGCUGCCAUCCGCCUGAAGAGCGACUGCGGCCACUAUUGCGUGGAGGGCUGCCAGUGCGACCCUGGCUACGUGCUGAAUGGCAAGAGCUGCAUCCUGCCCCAGAACUGCGGCUGCUACUCUGAUGGCAAAUACUAUGAGCCCAAGCAGCUCUUCUGGAACGGGGACUGCACACGGCGGUGCCGCUGCUUCCGGCGCAACCUGAUCCAGUGCGACCCGCGGCACUGCAAGUCGGACGAGGAGUGCGCCUCGCGCAACGGCGUGCGCGGCUGCUUCAGCACACGCAGCUCCUUCUGCCUGGCGGCGGGAGGCGGCGUCUUCCGCACCUUCGACGGCGCCUUCCUCCGCUUCCCCGCCAACUGCGCCUUCGUGCUGUCCACCAUCUGCCAGAAGCUGCCCGACUUCUCCUUCCAGCUCAUCAUCAAUUUCGACAAGUGGUCCUCGCCCAACCUCACCGUCAUCUCCCCUGUGUACUUCUACAUCAACGAGGAGCAGAUCCUCAUCAGUGACAGGAGUACAGUUAAGGUGAAUGGCAGCCUCGUGAGCAUCCCCUUCGUCACGGGACUCUCCACCAAGAUCUACAGCCAGGAGGGCUUCCUGGUGAUCGACUCCGGCCCCGACAUCCAGAUCCGCUACAACGGCUUCAACGUCAUCAAGAUCACCAUCGGAGACCGGCUGCAGAACAAGGUGUGCGGGCUGUGCGGCAACUUCAACGGCGACCCGGCGGACGACUAUGCGACGCUGCGGGGCAAGCCGGUGGUCAGCAGCGUGGUGCUGGCACAGAGCUGGAAAACCAACGGCAUGCAGAAGAGCUGCAACGAGCUGCAGUACUCCCAGUACGCCGCGUCCUGCGACAACGUCCAGAUCCAGAAGCUGCAGAGCGACAACUACUGCCUGAAGCUGACAGACAUGAAGGGCUUCUUCCAGCCCUGCUACGGCCUGCUGGACCCUCUGCCCUUCUACGAGUCCUGCUUCUUGGAUGGCUGCUACAACCGCAAGCAGGUGCAGCUGUGCGGCUCACUGGCUGCCUAUGGUGAAGCGUGCCGUACUUUCGGCAUCCUGGGCACCGAGUGGAUUGAGAAGGAGAAUUGCUCAGGAGUGGUGGAGGACCCCUGUGCUGGCGCCGACUGCCCCAACAGGACCUGCGAGCUGGAUGAUGGUGGGGAGCUGUGUGGCUGCAUUGAGCCCCCACCCUACGGCAACACCACCCAUGACAUCAUUGAUGCAGAGGUGACGUGCAAAGCUGCACAAAUGGAGGUGUCCAUCUCCAAGUGCAAGCUGUUCCAGCUGGGCUUCGAGCGCGAGGGCGUACGGGUCAAUGACCGCCACUGUCCUGGCAUAGAGGGCGAGGACUUCAUCUCCUUCCAGAUCAACAACACCAAGGGCAAUUGCGGCAACUUGGUGCAGUCCAACAGCACUCACAUCGUAUACAAGAACACGGUGUGGAUUGAAAGUGCGAACAACACAGGCAACAUCAUCACCCGGGACCGGACCAUCAACGUGGAGUUUUCCUGUGCCUAUGAGCUGGACAUCAAGAUCUCUCUGGACUCAGUCGUGCGGCCAAUGCUCAGUGUGAUCAACCUGACAGUGCCAACGCAGGAAGGAAGCUUCACAACCAAGAUGGCCCUGUACAAGAACUCCUCCUACAAGCACCCGUACCGGCAGGGGGAAGUGGUGCUGACCACGCGGGAUGUGCUCUACGUGGGGGUCUUUGUGGUGGGGGCUGACUCCAACCACCUGAUCCUGAUGCUGAACAAGUGCUAUGCAACACCCUCACGGGACAGCAAUGACAAACUGCGCUACUUCAUCAUUGAGGGAGGGUGCCAAAACUUGAAGGACAACACCAUUGGCAUAGAGGAGAACGGGGUGUCCCUGACCUGUCGCUUCCAUGUCACUGUCUUCAAGUUCAUCGGGGACUACGAUGAAGUCCACCUGCACUGUGCUGUUUCACUGUGUGACUCGGAGAAGUACUCCUGCAAAAUAAACUGCCCCCAGCACCGGCGGUCAGCCAGCGCCUUCACUCACGAGGCCCACGAGCAGAUCCUGUCAGUGGGGCCCAUUCGGAGGAAACGAUCAGACUGGUGUGAGGACAACGGUGGCUGUGAGCAGAUCUGCACGAGUCAAGCAGAUGGACCCCUGUGCAGCUGUGUGACAGGGACACUGCAAGGGGAUGGCAAGAGCUGCAGGGCCUCCAGCUCUUCAGCAGACAGCCGAGCCCAAGCAAGUCUUCUGGUGGUGGCACAGCUGUGGCUGUGGGUGGCUCUGCAGGACCCAACCUCAUAGGGGUGGCUCUGCUGCCCAGCCAUGUACUGUUCUCGUGUCAGCCUGAGUCUCUGUAGGGUAGCAGCCAGCACCCCCAGCGACAAACCCACUGCCGAGCCGGCCCCACAGAUAUAGGAGAGAUUGGAAUCGACCUGGAGUGAGGAGGGAUGAUCACUGGAAGCACAGAAGGCACUUUGACAGCGACGCAGAUCAGGAAACUCACAAGGCUUGCAGCUUUUCCCCAGGUUCUGUCCUGUAGCAUUUUGCCCAGGUGGGCAGCACCUCUAUUAGCAGAGGGGGAUGGGCUGAGCCUCAUCCACAUGUAGCAUCCGUACCCUCAGAGAGGCUUCUGCCCCUCCUGGGACAAGGACAAUCUCUCAGAACAGUCGUCAUCAUCAGAGCGCUGGGAUGCAGCCAGAGGUAGGUGGCACUGCGCAGGGUGCGGAACGGAGGAGCGCGCUCGGCUCGGAGGACGUUGGCACAGCAUGGGAACUCAUCAUCCUUCAGAUCUCCA